AUGACGGACAUUAAGCAAGAACACCCGGACGUGGAAAAACACCCUGGAUCUAUCUCGUCAGCGAAAGAUGGCUCGACGGAACUCACAGCCCGAGUAGUCGAUGUCGCUGCCGAGAGAGCACUAUGCAGACGUUUCGACUACAGACUGAUGCCUGUUCUGGCGGUCAUGUACCUCUUUAAUGCGCUCGACAAAGGAAACCUUGGAAAUGCGAAAACUAACGGUUUUGAGAAAGACCUUGGCUUUAAAGGAAAUCAGUACAAUAUAAUCCUCUCUGUGUUCUAUGUGCCAUACGUCUUAUUUGCGCCGCCCUUGGGGAUGCUGGGAAAGAAGUAUGGGCCUUCUAGGGUGCUCCCUGUGAUGAUGUUUGGGUUUGGGAGUAUGACACUGCUUGGAGCCAGUGUUAAGAACUUUGGAGGCAUGAUGGCAGUCAGGUGGUUUUUGGGAAUGGCUGAAAGUGCAUUUUUCCCUUUGGUCAUAUACUACCUCACGACCUUCUACAGGCGCGGCGAACUCGCCCGCCGUCUAGCAAUAUUCUACGCUGCUAGCAAUAUUGCAAAUGCCUUCAGUGGUCUCCUAGCGUUCGGCGUCUUCCAAAUCGACCACUCCAUCCCCUCAUGGCGCUUCCUCUUCCUUAUCGAGGGCUCUUGCACCGUCUUGUUCAGCCUCUUCGCCUGGUGGUACCUCCCCAUGAGCGCCGCCAAAGCCCGCUUCCUCAGCGAUGCCGAGAAGGAGCUCGCCUUCCACCGCAUCCAGGUCGACAGCUCCUCGGUCGUCGACGAAAAGUUCAACCUGAAGGAGUCGCUCAAGGUGUUUAAGCUGCCGGUUGCGUGGGCGUGGCUGGCCAUCGAGGUGUGCUUGGGUGUGCCGCUACAGAGUGUGUCGCUAUUCCUGCCGCAGAUUGUCGGAAGGUUGGGGUACAAUGUUAUCAAGACGAACCUGUUUACUGUUGCUCCGAAUGUAACUGGUGCGGUCAUGCUGCUUAUCCUAGCUUUCACAUCGGACUUUACACGGCUGAGAUUUCCGUUCAUUGCUUUAGGCUUUUCGUUCCCGCUCAUCGGUUUCAUCGUAUACUCCAGCAUCGACGCUCUCUCCGAGAAACAGAUUGCCUACUUUGCCACAUUCAUGAUGUGCUGGGGCACCUCGGCACCCAGCGUACUGCUCUCUACCUGGUAUAACAACAACAUCGCCCACGAAGGCCGCAGAGUAGUCCUCACCUCUGUCGGAGUCCCAGUCGCAAACAUGAUGGGAAUUGUUAGCUCUAACAUCUUCCGCGCCCAAGACGCCCCCGACUACAUCCCGGCCCUCGUGACAACCGCCUGCUUCGGCGCCGCAGGCGUCAUACUCUCCGCCGGACUGGGCACCUUCAUGAUCUGCGACAACCGGCGACGGGACCGGGAGCAGGGCGUUCGUAUCGAUGCAAGGGACGUGCCUACCAAGGUGCUGGCAAAGGGGCCGGGCGCGGCCGAGUUUAGGUGGUUUUUGUAG